AUGGACGCGGUGAAAGCUAAAAAAUUAGGUCUCAGCUUACAAGUGCAAGAUUUAUCGACGAAAAAUGAGAGGAACCAGCGUAUUGCGUAUAGAGCCAGUAGAAUGAACACAAUGAUGGCACAGCUAAAACAGACGUUAAAAAGGAAAAACCGAAAGUUAAGGAUCUUGACAAACAAUUUAGCAGCGAUGAAAGACGAAAUAGAAACAUUGUGUUUGCACAUUUACAAAAUGGAUUCGAUGCUAGUCACGACGACAACAUCAAUGGAACAUGUUUUGAAAUUGAACGAAGUUGACCAAUCCUUGAGCAAGUACAAGGGUAAUGUUUACUACACAUUUGUAGCGAAUUUAUACAAGCUAUUCGUUGCUACCAAGUUGAGGAAAGUAGAAAUCAGAGGUUUUGACUCGUGA